AUGAUGGGAGCAAAGGAGGAAGUCAGACGCUGUUCUGAGAUGAGAGGACGGCAGAAGGAGCUCUGCAACAAGCACAGCAGAGUGAAUAAACACAAGCCGUGGAUUGAGACAUCAUACCAUGGGGUGAUCACUGAAAACACUGACAUCGUUCUGCUGGAUCCUCCGCUGGUGGCCCUGGACAAAGACGCCCCCAUCCCCUACGCAGGGGAGAUCUGUGCGUUCAACAUCCACGGGCUGGAGGCUCCGUUCAAAGCAGUGGUGCUGAACGGUACGUCUGGCGAGGGCCAGCUGAGGGCCCGCGGCCUGGUGGACUGCGAGUUGCAGAAGGAAUACACCUUCAUCAUCCAGGCUCACGACUGCGGCUCGGGCCCCGGGGGCACGGAGGGCAAAAAGUCCCACAAGGCGGUGGUGCAUAUCCAGGUCAACGAUGUGAAUGAAUUUGCUCCUGUGUUUCGGGAGCCCCAGUACCACGCCGCAGUGACUGAGGGCAAGAUUUACGACAGCAUCCUGCAAGUGGAGGCCACUGACCAGGACUGCUCCCCACAGUACAGUCAGAUCUGUAACUACCAGAUCACCACGACCACCACGCCCUUUGCUAUAGAUCGCAAUGGAAACAUUCGCAACACAGAGAAGCUGAGCUACGACCGGCAGCAGCAGUACGAGAUCCAGGUGACGGCCUGGGACUGCGGCCAGAAGAGGGCGCUGCACAGCGUCCCUGUUCGCAUCGACGUCAAACCUGUCUGCAAACCUGGCUGGCAAGGUUGGAAUAAGCGAGUGGACUAUGAGCCUGGAACGGGCAGUAAGCAGCUGUUUCCCAAGAUGCACCUGGAGACCUGUGGCGGGCCGCUGUCAUCGGUGAGAACCACGGUGGAGCUGCAGACGAGCCACAUCGGCAAGGGCUGCGACCGAGAAACCUACUCUGAGAAAUCUCUACAGAAACUCUGUGGGGCCUCCUCGGGCAGCACUGACCUUCUCCCUGCCCCUAGCGCCGCCACCAACUGGACGGCUUCCCUGGUGACCGACAGCGGGAGGGACAGCGACUUGAUCUUCAGGUUUGAUGGUCGUCAGGCGGCGAAAAUCCCAGACUGGGUGGUGCCGCAGAAUCUGACCGACCAGUUCACCAUAGCAACGUGGAUGAAGCACGGGCCCAGUCCCGGACUCAGAGCUGAGAAGGAGACACUGCUCUGUAACUCCGACAAGACCGAGAUGAACCGUCAUCACUACUCGCUGUAUGUCCAUAAUUGCCGCCUGGUGUUUCUGCUGAGGAGAGACUUCACACAGGUGGACACGUUCAGACCGGCCGAGUUCCACUGGAAACUGGAGCAGAUCUGUGACAAGGAGUGGCAUUACUACGUCAUCAAUGUGGAGUUCCCGGUGGUGACGCUCUACGUGGAUGGAGUGACCUACGACCCCUACCUGGUGACAGACGACUGGCCCAUUCACCCCUCACAGAUUGACGUGCAGCUGACAGUCGGGGCCUGCUGGCAGGGUGGGGAGGUGACCAAGCCACGGUUCACGCAGUAUUUCCGGGGCAGCUUAUCCGGACUGACCAUCCGACCAGGGAAGAUCGAGAGUCAGAAAGUCAUUUCCUGUCUGCAGGCCUGCAAAGAGGGACUGGACAUCAACUCCCUUGAAAGCCUGGAUAAGAACAUAAAGUUCCACUUUAACCCAGCCCAGUCCAUCCUGGUAAUGGAGGGAGAGGACUUGGAGAACAUGAAUGCUGCUGUGAGGAAAGUUUCAUACAUCAACUCUCGCCAGUUCCCCACACCGGGCAUCCGACGUCUGCGCAUCUCCACUACUGUCCAGUGUUUUGGUGAAGACACUUGUAUCACCAUCCCUGACAUCGAUGCAGUGGUGAUGGUGCUGCAGCCCAGCGAGCCCAGGAUCACCAUCACUGGGGUGGAGAGACUGAGCCGGCCAGCGUCUGACCUCAGAGCAGCAGGCGGCAUAGCUCUAUUCCAGGACCUCCACAUCAUCAGCACAGUGACCAGGGCAGAUGCCACGGCACAUCACACAGCACGUCGACCCGGGGUGCUGGAGGAGAUCAUUCAUAACUUGGACUACUGUGAUGUCCUGGUGCUUGGGGAGGAGCUGAGGCCAGGGCAGGAAUCUCUCCAACUGCAGCGAAGCGCUCUGCUUGGAAAACACCUUGACGCCACCAACUCCACCUCUGGCAUGUCUAUAUAUGGUGUAGACUCCAUGUCCAACUAUGAACAGGUGAUCAGACAGGUACAUUACUAUAACUGGCAGCCCGGGCCACUACUAGAAAGAAGAUUUCGCCUCACCUGCUCUGAGCUGAACGGACGCUACACCAGCAAUGAGUUCAACCUGGAGGUAAGCGUACUGCACAGCUUAGAGGCUGGGGAACAUGUCAAUCACAUGAUAGCCCCGCCUCAGUACAUGCAGGUGGUCCACCAUCCGUCCAUGAUUCAUGGCCUGUACCCCAGCCACAACUCAGGCGUACCCAGUGCUGCCACAGUGGUAAUCGUCAUGUGUAUCGCUGCGCUGGUGGUGGUCGUGGUGCUGGGCAUCUACCGCAUUCACCUGACCCACCAGCAGGAGGUCAAGCUGGCCGAGACGACUAAAGAGGCGGACGCGACCUGGAAUGACUCUGCUCUGACGAUCACAGUCAACCCAAUGGAGAACCUGGAGGAGCCCCAGGCUGCAGAGGAGGAGGCCAGCGAGGAGGAGGAGGAUGACGACGAAGAGGAGGAGGAGGAAGACGACGAGGAAGAGGACGAAGAAGACGACAUCACCAGCGCUGAGUCAGACGACAGCGAGGAGGAAGUGGAUGUCCAGCUACCCAGGAUGCAACGCUCAAGCAAGAAGGGCCAAAACUGGGACAAAACAACAAUAUCUUAUUGA